GCAACGCCGGCCUCACCCAUAUCCGCGACGAGAUUCCCAAGGAAGCUGCAUUUCUGCUUUUCGGCCCCCCACUAGGAAGAAAAGCGCGAGAAACAAAGCCGCCGCCGCCUCCAGUUCCGCGCCAGGACUCUCUGUUGGAAGAGAUGACAAUGAGUCUGGGCCCCUUGUUGUUGGUCUUCAUGCUGAGUCUGGUUUUGAUUCCACCAGCUCUGGCACAGAAUGACCACAGGUAUAUCAAAUUCCUGAACCAGCACUAUGAUGCCAAUCCAAAAGGCCGGGACGACAGAUACUGCAACAGAAUAAUGAGGAACCGAAAGCUGACCUCUCCUUGCAAGGAGCUCAACACCUUUAUUCAUGGCACCAGGGGCAGCAUCAACGCCAUCUGUGAAACCAAUGGAGCUCCUUACGCAGAUAACUUAAGAAAAAGCACCUCUCAAUUCCAGGUCACCACCUGCAGGCAUAGCGGAGGGUCCCCCCGGCCUCCAUGCCGGUACCGAGCCUCCAGAGGGUUCCGAUACGUUGUUAUUGCCUGUGAAAACGGCUUGCCUGUCCACUUAGAGGAGUCUUUCUUCAGCUCAUAGCCAGCAGGCUCCUGGCACAGAGUCGGCUCUUUAUCCCCUCUUACCCCAGCGGCCAGAAAAUAAACUAUCUGAAACGGAGGUCUCCUGAUUUACAAUGCACAUAAAUAAAGAUGUCUCUAAAGCCCUUAA